AUGUCAACGGGCAGCUCCUUCACAGGGCUGGAUCUGAGUUCAUCAACGACACUAUCUGCUUCAUCUUGGUUACCCCUCUUUCCGCUCAAUCCUCUCUUAAUACCUAGUACGACAUCUAAGCUUCAUCUACUUAACCUAACUCAUAAACGAGCAUCCAAAUCUGUAAAUAGCUUUCGCAUUGAAGAAUUAAUAACCAAAAAAGAUACUUCUGAAGUAUUAAAAGAGAAAGCAGAUAAAAGUCAGAAUGUACUCAAUCUACCCACUAUAGCUGCUUCUCCUCUUCCAGAUAUACCGGCUGCUGUUCCUCGUCUACUACAACCUGGAUCUUUAGAGUUUGUUAAUGGCGGUUAUGGAGUCAAGAACCCUUUAGCUAAAGCUGUUCAAGCUGUAGAAACAACAUUAACUAUGUGUCCAACUGGCCUAACAACAACAAACAGCCUCGGAUCAUCUCCAGCAGACACGGGACAAUACAUGUGCCCUAUCUGUGGCAAGAAGUUUGCUCUCCAACGUCUUCUGAAUCGACAUUCCAAAUGUCAUUCAGAUCUUAAACGAUAUCUUUGUACAUUUUGUGGGAAAGGCUUUAACGAUACGUUUGACUUGAAGAGACAUACAAGAACCCACACAGGAGUACGUCCAUACAAGUGCGAAGAGUGUGAUAAAUCGUUCACGCAACGAUGUUCAUUGGAGUCCCAUUUAAGGAAAGUUCAUGGUAUCGUCCACAACUUUGGUUAUAAAGAGCGACGAAACAAGGUUUUCGUCUGUGAAGACUGCGGUUACACUUCAGAAGUGUUCGACGUCUACUUAGCUCAUUUGAAACUUAUCCAUCCAUUCUCAGCAGCACUUCUUAGGAUAACAGCUCCUUCUAAACGUUCCAUCAAUCAUCAGUUUCAGCCUGUGUCACCUUCCUCAGCCGGUUCAAACCAAUCCCUUUAA